AUUCAGUGUAAAUGGAAACAUUAAAUAAAUGUUUGCUGUCAUUAAAAAAAGCAUCUUGUGACAGUGAAAAGCUAGCUAUACUUCAUGUAAUAGCUAAGGUUGCUCCAAAUCUCCAAUUAGACCUUUCAUAUGUAAAUAACUUAUUUGAUGCAAUUUCUGCAGAAUUUAUUUUGCGACUUCUAAAAAGCAACGAAAGUGAAGACUCUCAAAGGUAUAUUUGCAUUGCAGUACGUAUUUGCUCAAUACUUUUUCAAAACAAUUGUCAUUUAGUUAAUUCAAAUGCUUCCAUUUUAUUUGCCAUUUUCAACAUUGUACAUCAGUUGAAAAAUGAAGUGCUUUCUGAAACUUUAGAGCUGCUACUUUCUAUAUCAAAUAUUCCAGAAUGUUCCAAGUUGCUUGUCGAUGCUGAAUGUUUCACUUAUUUAGGAAAGUUUGUUAAAGAGGAUAAGGAGAGUAAUUUAGUUAUGUCAUUGUUUGGUAAAGUUCUUAAAGCCACUAAUAAUUUUCCUGAUGAUGCUGACAUGUUUAUGUGUGAGCUUACUGCAUUGUUCGCUUCUAGUCAAGACUUGAAAAAGUUCUAUUAUAUGCAUGUUCUUGAUGAAUUUGUUCAAUAUCUAGAUCAUUUUGAGCUUGACUACAUGAAAAGACCAUUUAUAGUUUUUGAAGAUUUUAUAAAGGGUUGCAGAGAAAUACUUCAAUCUCGUGUCAAAGAAGAGUUUAAAAAAAAUACUCUCAGCUUGCUAUUAAAUUUCACAAAUACAUUUGGAGCAGAGUUUUUGUUUGAUUCUCGUAAUAAUUGUGAUGAAAGGUUUGUUGCUUUAGUACUGACAGUGACAGCCUUAGAAUUAAAUUUUACUAACAAUCAGUCUUUUAAUUUUGUAAAUAAAAACAUUACAAUAGCUUGUCAACUUACCCACAAUUUGCUCUUAGCUAUAUUUAGUGAUUGCUUUGAAAACAGCCAGUUUGCUUCUAAUGUUGAAUUCAUAAAAAAAUUAUUAUGUUCGUUGAAUAAUGUUAUAUCUGCAGUUUUCUUUUAUCUCAAACAAAUCAAACUUGAAGAUUUAGAUAGUGCCCAGUGUUCUACAAUGCAGGCAGCAUCUUCACUUAUUUGUAUUUGGGCAACAGAAGACACUAGUAAUUUACGCAGUGAUUUGGUAGAGACUCAACCAAUCAUUUUUGAAGUAGUAAAAAUCUGUUUUAAAAGUUUAACAGUGGAAAAUACGCAAGGAGCAAAGUUAGUUGAUUUGUUUGUGUUGUAUAUAUUGCAAAAUAUUCAAAACACAAAACUAAAACUUUUCCAAAGAAAAUACUUUAUCUUUGUUGUUGAUUAUUUGCAGCACAUGCUUUCUGAAAAUAUUUUAAAUCUGCAAUCCAUUGAAUUUUCUCUCCAUCUAUUGAACGUAUAUACUUUAGUUUUUCCAAAACUAUUAGCAAAAUAUAAAGAUUUUAAUUGUUUCUAUCAAUUGUUGUUAUUACUCUUAAACAAAGAGCAGUUUCUUCUAUUCAGUGAACUAUCGUAUUGUUCAAAAGUUGAAGCAGUUUCGAUUGCAAUUUUUGUGUUGGGUUUACUUGACGACAAAAAUGAGUUUUUAGAGAAGACUUUUAAGCUAGCGUUCAAUAUUUUGUGCUUAAAAAAUGAAAAAAUCGUAGAUAACUGGAUUAUAUUACUUCAGCGUUUAAUAGAGUUUUCCCCAAAAUGUUCGAUGCUGAAGGUGCUUAUGUGUUCUCACCGAGAUCUAUUGUCCGAAAAGUUAAAUAGCGUUGCAAAGGCUGAAGAUGUUUUGGCUUCUCUUAAAGAUUUCUGCUCGUAAAAAGUUCUGCGAUGCUUCUUAGGAUGUGAAUGGAAAUUUUGGUAUUCAAAGCAGGUAGAUCAUAUCUUCAUUGUAUGAAAUCAAAUUAAAAAAUUAAUCUCGUAUAGAAAAUAAGUGAUAAUAUAGUUGUUAUAAUGGUAAUAUAGUUGUUAUAGUGGCAAUAUAUUUCAUAUCGCAACAAUAUAGUUUUUAUCGCAACAGUAUAGUUGUUAUCGCAAUAAUAUAUUUGUUAAUCGCAAUUAUAUAGUUGUUAUAGCACCAAUUUAAUUCUUAUCGUGAAAAUAUAGCCCUACAGCUUUAUUUCAAAACGUCUUUAGAUGUUUUUACGUAUUACGAUAAAAAUGCUAUAAAAAAACUCUUGUGAAACGUUUUUGAAAUUAAUGAUUUUUGUUAAUGUUUUCAUAAUUCUUCAAAAGUAUUUAUUUAUUGACGUUUACAGACAUCUAAACAAGCUUAUUUCGUAAAAAAGUCAACUUCGAAUUUUUUUUUCACUUUGACAGGUUUUGAGAAAAAGCUGUUACAAUAAUAAUAGAUAUUUUUAUAAAUCUAAAAUUUCGAUGCGGUUAUAAAAAAAUUAUUUCUAUAGAGAAUCGAAAAGCUCAUUAAUAACGCACCCAAUAAAUCAAAAAAAAUGCAACCCCCGCUCCUGUGUUGUUUUUUAUAGAAUCAAAAGUAACUGUAACAAGAAAAUCUAUUCCAAUCAUUUAUAGUUGUUUUUAA